AUCCGCUCUCCGUCUUGUCCGUCCACUGAUCUCGCCGCUGCAUGUUGUUCCCUCGCACAGGAGGAAGCCGCGCGGACGAUCGAUAUGGAGACCUUCCACCAGAUCCUCGAUCUCGACGAGGACGACACCCACGAUUUCUCAAAGGGCAUGGCGUGGGCCUACUUCUCACAGGCCAAUACCACAUUUGUCGAGAUGGACGAGGCAUACUCAGAGAAAGAUCUCGAAAAGCUUUCGUCCCUCGGCCACUUCCUCAAGGGCUCCUCUGCUGCGCUCGGCGUCGCGAAGGUGCAGGCGUCCUGCGAGCAGAUCCAGCACUACGGCCAGCUGCGCGACGAGGAAGCGGGCAUUGAUCUCACCGCCGCCGCCGCGCUUCAGAAGAUCGCGCCAAUACUCACCCGCGUCAAGGCAGAAUACUCCGUUGCAGAGUCGUGGCUCAAGAAGUGGUAUGAGGAGCACUGCGGGCCCGAAGAGGAAGAAGACGACGAAUCGUGA